CAUGUCAUUCAGUGGAAUCCGCCACCUGAAACGCGAGGAAGUGAAGGCGACUCAAUUGGGUAUAAAGCAUCAGCCAACAUCUGCCCCGAGCAGAGCGCAGCUGAUGAAAACAUCAGCUCGGAGCGGAGCACACAGGACAACUGCGCUUUUAUUUGAUUUCCUUGGACUUAUCAUCAUUUGGCGUUACCGAGCCGGUGCACCCUGUGGGAGACGCGUCUCUCCCUUUUUUUUCUGCACUUAAAGUGAAUGUGGCUCAGCGGCCAACAACACUAUACUGGAAUUAACUGACACCCACACUGAUAUUGGCGCACCUGUUACCUCCGCGGAGCGCAUGACCAUGAUCCCUCCGGGAGACUGCAUGUACGCGGGCAGAAAGAGGAGGAAGCCCGUCCAAAAACAGAAGCCGUCCUCGAGCAGCGAGAAAACCAACCCGUCCAAGCGGCACCGGGACAGGCUGAACGCCGAGCUGGACCGGCUGGCCAGCCUGCUGCCGUUUCCCCCGGAUGUCAUCUCCAAGCUGGACAAGCUGUCUGUGCUGCGCCUCGCAGUUUCCUACCUCCGCGUCAAAAGUUUCUUCCAAGCAAACCAAGAGAAGCCCUCCAGGAAGCACAUCAUCAGCCCAGUAUCCUCUAACCCUGAACCCAGGAAAGAGAGUCUUCCACUGGGCAACAUCAAUGAAAGCAGCCUUCUCCUGGAAUCUCUGACAGGGUUUGCCUUGGUGGUGAGCAGUGAGGGGAUGGUCUUUUACGCCUCCUCAACCAUUGUGGAUUAUCUGGGAUUUCAUCAGACUGACGUGAUGCACCAGAAUGUGUUUGACUACAUCCACAUAGACGACCGUCAGGAGUUUAGACGCCAGCUCCACUGGGCCAUGUGUCCUCCGCAGCACCGGGAGUCGGCACACCAGGACACCCAGCUGGGUGCAGGGACUGGAGAGGACUUUGUGGUCAGCAGUCAGUUUAACUCUCUGGAGGCCGGGGGAAUUCCUUCUGAGCUCUCCUGCUUCCUCAACAGAUGCUUCAUUGCCAGAGUCCGAUGCCUCCUGGACAGCACCUCUGGAUUCUUGACCAUGCAGUUCCAGGGUCGACUGAAGUUUCUCCAAGGGCAGAAAAAGAAGUCGGGCUCUGGGGCCCUUAUGCCUCCCCAGCUGGCUCUGUUCUGCAUUGGUGUACCACUCCUACUGCCCUCCAUCACUGAGAUGAAAAUGAAGAACAUGUUAAUGCGGGGAAAGAUCAAGGGAGGAGGAGGUGGAGGAGGUAUCUCUGCACUGGAGCAAGGAGAGCGAGGGGAACACCUCCGCAGACACUCCUUCAGUGGAGGGAUGGGCGACAUUGCGGACCCUAUGCUCCUCUCGUGUCCCACUCCUGGUGGCACCCAGAGAGCUCACCACGCUCCCUGGACCCCACUCUCCAAAGACAACGUCAAGUACCGCCCCGAUGGCUACUACAACCAGGAGGAGCCCCUCAACUACUGCAAGUCCUCCAUGGUGUCCCACAAAGGUCUCAGCCCGGGCCUGGGUGCCGGCUGGCCCCUGCGGUCAAACUCGGGCCCUAUCAGAGCGGGCCAGGGCGUUGGCUACGUCCCAUCUAACCGCAUGAACAAGGCCGGUCAGUAUGGGAAGCCAUACCGUCUUUCCCCGAGUUUCCACAACAACAGAGGUGGCGAGGUUUUUGUGUCGAAGCUCUAUGGUAACAUCCAGAUUCCCACAGACCCAGAUGCUUACUGCGUGGACCUGGUGAAGAGUGAGAACGGCUACGGAGAAUGCUACGACGGGCAUCUGAUGUCCGAGAUGCCCCCCAUCAAGGUGGAGCACGACUCUGACUCUGAAAAUGGCUGCGACGCCUACGGCCGACCCUGGGCCUGCCGCGACACAGAUGCCAUAGAUCGACGCUACGGUAACGGGAUGUACGACCAGAGCUCUGGCCUGCCACUCAAAUCAGAGGCCGAUUAUUAUGAUCCCCAGUUCUCGCCCUGUCAGCGAGGGAAGGCAGGAAUCAGCCCGCCCUACAAUAACGGCAACUAUCACAGCUAUGCAGUCAACAACGGCGGGAAUACCAACGCACGUCUGCUGAAGUGCGACAAAGACUUGGAGAGCAACAAUGACAACAACCAGUUUAGUCCUCAGAGACUCUCUCAUUCAGGGUCUCUUUGCAGCAACCAGUCCAUCAACCUCAUGGACUCGCACGUCUACCCGCAGGACCCUCACAAGGCCUACAUGCACCAAGACUACAACAAGCACGGCUCCUACGAUUUCAAAGGUCACGGCCUGAUCCACUCCAUCAAGCGGGAGCCCAUGGAUUCCCCGCCGUGGUCUGAGGGCGGCCAUGACAUGAACCAGUCCAUGAUGGUCGGUCCAAGGAACGUUAUGCCAUGUGUGAUGAGCGCAGGGCACCAUAAGUCCAGUCCUUACAUAUACCUGCCGUAAGAGUGAAUGCAGGGUGACCCAUGCAUACACCCAAGACAGACCCGCACACACACACACACACACAAUCGCACACGCACACACUCACACACUCACACAAACAAUCAGUGUGCGUUAUAGUACUUUGUAUUAUUGUUGUUUUCAUACACAUGCACCAGCAGUACAAAAGGACAGUCUUUGGUUUUGAGGAUUCCCAGGAUGUCAUGUACUUCUUCAGUUUGAUGAAGAGGUCAGAAACAAGGCUCAGGUUUCUAGUGUUAGUGUCGUGACAAUCAGAAGUAUAAAAAAAUUAAUAAAUGAAUCCAGUAUAUGGAUAGAUGCUUUUUGUUUUUAAAGAAUACAUUUUGUAGUUGGUUCCAAGCACUUUUGGAGUUAAUGACAAUGAGACAGAAUAUGUCUGAAAACACCAUUUUAUUUUUUAUGUGUUGUGCACACCUGAAUUUUGUGGGAGGAAGAAACAUUUUUUGCUGUAAAAAUACUUUUUUUAAACUUUGAACACAGGCGAUGAUUUAACACCUGCCACUGGGCUUAUGCAAGAGACAAGGCUGAUCAUGAGAACUCACAUAAGAGUCAGUUCUAACAACGUGAAGCAUCAUCGGCAUUGAAGAUUUAAAGGAGCUUGCUGGUGGUUUUGCAUGUUCUAGUGCUUUGACUAUACAUCACCUACUUUCAGCAUUACGGGCAGAAACAACUUGUUUCUAUGCAUUUUACAAAUUUUUGUUUUCAACAUGCAAAUACUUGAAACUUACUUGAAAUCCACUGCAGUAAAAUGUUUGGUUAUUUUCUAAAUAAUUGCAUCAGCAUAAUUCUGCUAAUAUACAAACAAAGACAGUCCCCUUAUGAGACUGCAUUUACACUCACUAGAUCCAUUUACAUGUUUGGGGAUCUGAACCAAAAAACAAUUCCGGAAAUAUACAUGAAUUAUUCUCUGAGAAAUCAAGUAAAAUAUUGCAUAACUUCCUAUCUCGCAAUCACACAAAUGUUGACGAAAACAUAAACUCAUUGGCGGAGGUACCAAUAUAUUUGCAUCUAGGGUCUGUUUCCACCAUCCAUCAGAUUAUUGAGUGUCUGCUAAAAAGCAUUUUUUUUAAUGCAUGACAACCAAAUUCAUAUUGUAUAUUUAAUAACUGUUAGUGUUCUGAACCCGAUUUUCCAAGAGCAUACUUUACAGAACAAUGCUUUUAUCCGAGAAUCCUUGAAUGCACUAUUAAGUGUAGUUUUGAAACGGUUUGUAGCAGAAUCCUCGACAGUGACGUUAAGUGCAGUAUAUGCAAUUUAUAGUUAGUGGACCAAAACAUAGAAAAUAUUUACUACCGGGGCACAGUGAGUGUCCCGCUGAAGUGCUGUAGGGCAAGGCACUGAAAUUCCCACAGGUAACCGACCGCUCUGUACUUGCUCCAUGGCUCUGAUCUCCUUGUGGAAGUUAAUUUACGACAAAACUGAUUUAAAGUCAGUCGCAUUUAACGUUAAACAUCAGUAAACUGACUUGAAACGAGAGAGCAAAUUAAAUCACGCUGUAAUUGACCUUAAAAUCCAACUUGGACCCAAGAAAAUCUUCUGCACCAGUUCAUUGACUUCAUUAAAUAUCAAUUGAAGGUUUGUUUGCACAAGUGUUAGACUGAAUUGAAGGAAAAGAGUCUGUCAUUACAAGGUUUGAAUUUCUUUCAAUGCGCACAAUAUUUCAUUUCUUCAUCAUUUUUCAAACUCCGGUUGAAUGUACAAAAUAACAUUAAUUUAUGUCAUUUUUAUUUCACUUGCUAACUUUGUACAGUGUGGAGCUGCAUCUCGUCCCUGUACAAGCUGUCUCACUGCAGAUGUGACAUGUUUUCCUUUGAGAUGAAUAUACACAGACGUCGUCUUCACAAUCAGUGUUUUUUGCACAAAUGAAAUGAAAAGCACCAAAUUGAUUCAGUGUCGAGAGUCUCGCUCCUGUGACGCUACUGUAGUGGUUUCUAAAUUGCACUACCCGUUAAGCUGAAGGUCAAGCCGACCCAGACAGGUUUUUGAGUCAACGCACACAGUAAUACAUGGUGUCACUGAUUUGAAUUUGUAUUUUUUUUCUCUUCGUGUGUUCUUUUCAGUAAGUGUUUGAUGAUUCGUAUAUUUAUUGUAAGAGGCAGAUGUGUAUAAUUUUAAAAAGAAAACUACAGUUUUGAAGACUUUUUCUGUUUUCUUUAAGGUAAAUGAAUAUGGAUUUUUUUUCUCGCCCUCUUUUUGAUAAUUGUUAAAAAAACGUCUCAUGGAGGAGGUAGCUGCAAGGUAGCGAACACAGUGUACAUAUGCAGUGUCUUCCAGUGUUUCUAUGUGUUUUUGCAAAUGGGACUUAUCUAUUAAAAUACGUUUUCUUUGUAUGGAAAAUCUGGGUGAAGUGUUUUUCUUUUGCCAUUAAUCACACGAGUGAAGUGCCCGUUUUGAACCUCCCUGUUUGGAAUGAUCUACUAUCUUGGACUCUGGUAAUGCUCCUCAAACAAUAAUGUCACUUUUUAUUGUUUGUGUGCUGGAUGUUGUGUGCAAAGCUGUUUUUUAAACA